AUGCCGACAACCUCCGCCGCCCCGUCGUUUGGCGAUCUCGGCGAAGACUUGUUACUCCACAUCCUCCAGCUCGCGCAGCCCACGGCGUGGGACCUGUCUCGACUCGCGUGCGUGAACCGCUCGUGGCGAAACCUCUGUUACAACCCGAUUUUCUGGACCAAGCUUCGCAUAGGCCCCGGGAGCAUGCGCGCUGGCGUCGAGCAGCUCGCGUCGCGAUGCGCGCAUUUGGAGGAGAUUCACAUCGAUGACCCGCGCUGCGAGCUGCACGUGCUGCACCCGAUAAUCAUGGCGUGUGGCCCGUCGCUAAAGCGUAUCGUCAUCGACUGCGAUCGAGAUGACACGAGCCGCAACGAAGCGUCCAUCUGCAGUGUUCUCUGGAUAGUCAGUCUUUACUGCAGCAAUGUCGAAAGCGUCGAGCUUAUAUCGAACGGCGAAAAGGGGAACUUCAACUAUCUUGAAAACAAGGCCAUGUGGUACCUAACGUCGGGAUUCCGCCGCGUUCGCAGCUUCGCGUGUCUGUGCAAAAACAGCCUAACGAAACAGGCGAUUUACCUGAUGGUUAUCGCUUGGCGAGAACUCGCGUACCUGCGAAUACACUGUGGCGCGCUCGCGAAGGACGAUUUGAUGGCGUUGCGAAAGUGUUACGCGUUGCGAGUGUUGGAGCUCAUCGGCGGGAACCUUCGCCAGCUUUUAGGCGAAAACAGCGCGGCGACAGAUGCGGUCAUGCAUCGCGACCUGACUACCCUCGCUUUGACGAACAUGCAGUGCGAUGUUGACGACAUCGCGAAAUUAUCCAUGCUCCUGCCGAGCCUACAGCGGAUUAUUAUUCAAAAGUCCGCCCUACAUACCUCCGCGGGUGACGACGUCGUGACGAAGGCACGAGCCGUCGCAAACCUUCGUGCAUGGCUCGCAGCGCGGAAGAACGUCCAGCUAUUCAUCAAUGAGUGA